UCCUCGCAACGUAGCGUGUCCAAUCGCUUACGUAAUGUCUGUUCUGCGUGAGCCGGCGGCGGCCAUGUUUUCGAAGACCAGCCUUCAUUGAAACCCAUGUAUCUGACAGUAGACAGAAAACUCGUGCCUGUCAUUGUUUGUAUCACCGUGCACCAGAGGACAACACUACAUGGUUGGUACAUCUCCCAUAAUGCCGUUCCUGCUAUACUGAGGCUGUAGCUCCUCGGAAAGCAGCGCUGCACGUCUGCGAGGUAGUCACUGAAAACAGGGAAUGUUUCUCUCCCCAGCCCAGUCUGGGUUAUCUGCCUGUACGUCUGCUGAGGAACAUCUUGCCAAUGGCUUCCUACAAGCGGAAUUAGAGCUGAACUUAAAGCUGGGGCACCUCCUGUUCCGGGAUCCAGUAAAGUAUGUGUAUAAUCCUUUGUUAUACGCCUGGGACCCACAUGAGAGAUACGUAAGGACAUACUGCCAAUCAAGAAAGGAAGUACUUUUUUUAGGAAUGAACCCUGGACCAUUCGGCAUGGCUCAGACAGGGGUUCCUUUUGGGGAAGUUAAACACGUGCGUGACUGGCUUCGGAUUGAGGGUCCUGUCUUUAAGCCAGAACUGGAGCAUCCAAAAAGGCCUAUACGGGGGUUUAAUUGUCCCAAUAGUGAGGUGAGUGGUGCUCGGUUUUGGGGUUUCUUCAAGUCGCUCUGUGGCCAACCUGAAAACUUUUUCCAACACUGCUUUGUGCACAACCACUGCCCCCUCAUAUUUAUGAAUGAGUCAGGUAAGAACCUGACUCCGACAGACCUUCCUAAAGAGCAAAGGGACAAGCUGCUGGAUAUCUGUGAUGAAGCCUUAUGUCAAGUUGUAAAGACACUUGGAGUUAAAACAGUUGUUGGAGUGGGCAGGUUCUCCGAACAACGGGCAAGAAAGGCUUUGGCUAGAGAAGGGAUAGAGGUGGCAGUGAAAGGCAUCAUGCAUCCGUCCCCCAGGAACCCACAAGCCAACAAAGGCUGGGACAGUGUUGUAAGGUCACAGCUCCAACAACUUGGACUCUUGACAUUGUUGACUAGCUAAAAUGCUCUCCUUUUAUUUCUAGACCAAGUCGUUCCUUAUACACUACAAUAAUGAUUUCCAUGUUCAGCCAACAUAUGAAUGAAUGGUUUAUGUGUGUUCUUAUUUAUGUUUAUUUUAAAUAACGUCUAUAUGGUGUGUGUCAUUUGUUAAAGUAUUAUGUAACCUGUAAUGUAAAGCUUGCAUUCAAAAAUAAUUUCAGUUUUAAGCUUUCACUAAUGAUCUAGCCGGUAUGGCCCCGCUCUUACCUGAAGACUGCCCUUUGAAAACCCUCCAUGGCUCAGGACUCUUAAGUGGCGUUGGAAAUUAAUUAAGGACAGAUGGACGUUUCAUAUUGUUAUGUAUUCCUGUGCUAUUUCCGCACUCGGAGCCUGAUUUAUGUUUGUAGGUAAAGCAAAAAAGCAAGCAACUGGGCAAAACCAUGCUGCACUGCAGGUGGGGCAGAUGUAACGUGCAGAGAGAGCUAGAUUUGUGUGGGGUGUGUUCAAACUGAAAUCUAAAUUGCAGUAUAAAAAUAAAGCUGUCUAGCAUUUGUGGGCUACAUGCAAAAGCAGCCAGUAUUUACCCUGUACAGAAAAAAUAUAAAUGUAUUUGCUUCCCUUGCGUGGCAACGUGGUUUAUUCCAGACACAAAGUUAAAUGCUUUUUUUUUGUUUCUUUCCUUACGGAUAUGAAUCGGGCCCUCAGUUUAUACAGUAGCUAAAACCUCAGUCCCCAUUAAUCACACCUGCACUUUUAUGAACAUGACCGGAAGGAGUCUUUUUCGUUACUGUAAAUUUUAUCUCCCUCUUUAUUUCAUAAUGUUCCCUGGCAAGCGUAUGGAUUUCUAAAAUUGAUGUGCUAAAUGCAGAAAAAGUCUCAUCAAUGUUUCCAGGUACGUCUUACACCUGGUCUAGUGUUACUGUAGGUCUUCUGCUGAUGUGUAGCCUAGAAUAAUGUAACACCAGAUCAGCAGCGUGUUUGUUAAAGAAUGAUUAUAACCAGAUAACUGAGAUGUAGCUUGAAUAACUUAAUUUGAAGUCUAAUUCCAGUAUUCAUAUCUUAUUAUACCACUUUAGUUUUCCAUCCUGAAAGUUUAAAAAAAUAAAAUGGUGGUGAUUUCUAAUUGUAUAGCAGUAGCAUUUCCUGAGAUCUUUAUAGCCUCAGCUCUGCUGCUUCUCUGUCCGCCGCUGUGUGGGGAGAGAGGCUUACUCAUUGGUAGCAGGUGAUUUGGUCUCUGCUGUUGCCAUAUGCUGUGCUGUUGGCAUCUUCUGUUUUAGAACCUGGUGUGCGCAGGAAAGAGCCUGGAUAGCAAUAAGAUGAGGCGGUCGGCUUGUUACAAGUUCUAAUGUAUGUCUGGAAGGUGCAGUGAGGCAAGGGGCACAAGCAGACGGCUUUAUUGCACUAAUAAAGUAGCCCAUCUAGCUUCAUUGCUUAUGUAAACCAUUCUCUCCUAAUUAAAGAGAAAAGGAUUACUGUCUUGUUGAGUCUCAUUCUGCCUGCCAUCAGGGCUGAGUAUGUAAUAGUUGCAGACAAAGUGCUAUGGAUACCGUCCGUGCUUAACUAGGGACCCAUCAACUAUUAUAUGGGUGUAGCAAGUUAAGUGUAUUCUAUUUUUAAUGGCGAACACAUAGGUGUAAAGUUAUUUAAACUGCUGCUUAGCAAUGCAUGUUUGGCAACAUUGUCUGUAAUGCUGGGUUCCGUAACACAGGGCUUAUACAUCAGAGGUGUUUGAAAUGUAUGUUGCUUGAUAAGAGCUAUCUCUUUGUUUUAGUAAAUUCUAUCCAUUAAUUCUUCACAUAAAAGUGAACCCAUAGCAACCACCAAAACCUCUGCUUUGAACACUGGUGCUUUACAUGUUUUCGAAAUUGUAGUAUUAGCAAAUCCUACUACUCAAAAUAGCACAGCCACGGCCCAAAAUUGUCAUCAACUCAAAGUUAUAAGCUACUGACAAGAUGGCUGUUUCCAUGUUGUGUAAUUGGUUGGAACACUUCAAUGUAAAACAGGUAUUUAAAAAUAGCCUUCUAACAUCCACUCCCUGUUUGAACCUGAAAAAUAACCAGUCACAUGCAGCCUGUCUGUUGUAGAACUAAACUGUGUUAUGCUAUCUUCUGUUUAAUGUAAACUACUGUCAAAAUUGGAAAAGUAUCUGUAUUACCAUUUUUGUAUGCGCUACAGUAAAAGUCACAAUUUUUACUAUG